CAUGCUUCCCGUCUUUGGCACUGCCCUAAGCCACCUCUCUUGCCGUCUUACUACGCUGCACAUAUAUCGUCAACCCGGGAAUACACCCAUUUUAGGCACACUUGGGGAAACCUGGCCGUCAACAACUACACAUCCAUGGACCAUGAUGCGAUCCGGGAGUUGAUGCGGUUUCGGGAUGAUCUCACAAUCGAACCCCUUCCACGGAGUCGCCUACGGAGCACACUACCUCACCCACACACUCCCUUACAUCUAGCAGCACCAUGACAGCACACCACUCUUGUGACCUCAAGUCUGGACUCUGUAGUGUAGUCUGCACCCGAGACUGCGUAUCGGCACUCGACCUUGGUUCGAUUGAUAUCUCCUGGCACCAUGAUCCAUCCUCUACUGCGUGGUUGGUCUCCGUCACGGACCUUCCUCCGUCCACUCUCGCACAAACUUUGUACACCACCACCACCACCACCACCUUUCUCUUGCUGCAUUGCAUGGCCACGACCCUUGGGAAUGCUUGCCCAUUCUCCACUAACAACUUGUCAACCCUGGCUGGACCGCGGUACCAAUGCACAUUGUAGCGUGUGUACACAAAAGUAGUGUACCUCCAACAACGAGGGACAAACCUGCAGCGUUGUUGAACUAGCAACUGGGACUAAGCCCACUCUGCUCUUAACCCUGUCCACAUGCCACACGAGCCAACGGCGAACCGUCAAACGGUUCGGUUUGGCCUAGGGAUGAGGGAGCGAUGGCUGGCGAUCGAGGUAUCAAAUCGUACCGCAUUUUCUCUCACUUUGCCCUGAUGCCACUAUUCCUUACCUCUUCCUGAUCGUUGCCUCGCUCACCACCUCACCAUUGCCGCCGUAGCCAAACCUGGACCGCCGAAUGCCUCCUCCUCCUCCUUCGCCCCGGCACCUCGCUCGAAAUGGAAACCUCUCGAUGCCCUGCCACCCACAUGCCUUUCAUAUCGACCUCCCUGUCCAUGGGAGCAUCGCGAGCCCAUGUUAGGAAUAAAAAGCCCAGGUCUCCCCCGUCAAGAGGUUUCAUGGAUAUGGCCAUUAGCUUCUUGUCUGUGCUUCUUCUAGACUAAACUCUACCUACACCGACAGUUCAUAUCCAGUAUUAACCGCCCUUACUAACCCACCGCCCUUCCUCUAGAGCUCGCUCCUCUUGAGCUCUCACUUGUUGCCCUUAAUGUCCACCUCGCCCAAGAUUAUGGUCAGCCCUCCCGGUCUCAGCCCUGGAGGAAUCAACAGCGCCGCUGUUUCGGUUGCCCAGCCGUGGCUCCGGAUGCUCAGCUCCGUGUGGGGAAUGUGCGCCCCGAAGCGAAUCCGCCUCGAAGAUGACCUGGCAAAGGAGCCCAAGCGGCUGGCUGCCCUCUGCAAGCCCAUUUGCAAACAGAUGCUCGAGGACCUCAAGUACCCCGGCGUCCCACGGGUCAAGCGCGAGUCCGUCGAAGCGCUGCUGAAAUAUAUGCACAAGAGAGCCGUCGAGAUCGGAUGGCCACUCGAUACCCCUCUGUCCCAGAAGGGGUUCCGCUUGGGCUUCUCACUAGCUGCGAUGUGCCAUCCCCGUCACCCGAUAGAGGUGCAGGGUUAUGUUGGGCUCUUCACCUGGCUCGUCGUUCAGUACGACGACAUCGUGGGCCAGAAUGAAGGCGGCAUGGACGAGGCCCAGCACUUCCAGCGGCGCUUCCUCAACGGCGAGACCCAGCCCAACGCCAUGCUCGAAGGGCUGGCGGGCCUGCUGCGUCAGGCUCCUGACAUCUUUGACCCCGUCAUGGCCAGCCUGUUGCAAAUCUCGGCUCUCAAGUUCAUGACUUGCAACCUGCUCGAGCGUCACGAUGGCUUCCAGAACAUGAAGACCACGCGGGGCGCCGGGAUCAAGUUCCCCGACUUCCUGCGCGACCUGGCUGGCAUAAACGUGGCGUACGCCGUCUUCUGUUUUCCCAAAGCCCAAUACCCGGACGUGAGUCAAUACCUGGAGGCCAUCCCUGACAUGGCCAGGGUGAUCGACAUUUCGAACGACGUUUUCUCCUUCUACAAGGAGGAACUUGGCGGCGAGACCAGAAAUUAUAUUCACAAUCGCCGUAUGGCAACCGGCAAGGAUGUCUUCGCAGUCCUGGAAGACGUCGCCACCGACACGGUAGAUGCCGCCAACAGAGCCUCCGCCAUCCUCAAGGGGAGGGGCACGUACGAGCAGUCCAUGCAGGAGUGCGCCCGGGGCUUCCACGCCAUGCACACAUCGAACCCACGGUACAAGAUGGCCGAUAUGGACCUGGCCGAGGAGCAUCCUCUGGCUCCGUACGAACAUCUCAUGGCGGAGAUCUUUGGUCAAGAAAAGGUGAAGGCAUGAAAGCUUCGCAAGCUUUGCCCUUCUUCCCCUUUCAUGACUUACACACCCCCACACACACCGGUUACGAUUUGAUGUUAUUGCGAUUUGGAAGCAGCAUGAGAUACCUACUGGGAGGCAUUCUGAUUAUUUAUUGUUCGGUUUUGUUUUUAUUUCUUUGGUACGAAGGUUCGACUAUCGAUUCGCCUUGUCAUUGGUGUGGCUGUUUCGUUUUUAUCGACUGCAUGGAAGAGCACGCUGAGCGACUGAACGUAGCAUUUGCAAUCUUAGGUUAUCGGAUAUCUGUAGUGCCGACCGAGAAAGUUUUGUACUAUUUGUGAGAGAGCGCGAAAAAAGAGCUUGUCGAUUUUUAUGAUUUUCAACAAAUGUAUCCGUACAAACUCACAAACUUAACUAAUGAAUACUGCACCUCC